AUGCGGGUCCGAAGACAACCACUCCCUCAACCUUUCUCAAUCCAAUAUUCCCUUCUCAGGCACAAGGGGCUUCUUCGCAAGGACAGGGUCAGAAUGGCCAAGGUCAAUGGAUAUCUAUCUGAUUCGACAGGAAUCUGCCCGACAUGCAAUGGCGGCUGUCCGAAGUCCUCCUCCGUUGGCGAAGCAGCAUGGAAAUCCAUUCCAGAGUCCUCCGCCAGCGUCAUCCGAAUCAAGGUAGGAUUCCGUUCCCAUGUCGACUCCAUCAAUUGCUUGAGAAACACUUGCUAACUGAAAUUUAUAGCUUCAACCGAAACCGGUGGAAACAAGAGGGUUCCACGCAAUGGCAGCUGUCCGAAGGGUGACCGAGACCACUGGGUCGGGGGCCUCAAACAAUGACAGACAACAUUUAUAG